AUGGAAUCGUGCCGUCGAAAACGCUUUACCGACCUCUUGCAAACUGCUGGGCGCUUUGCAGCAGGACCGGAGAUAGUUGUGCUAUUUGUGGCGUCUGGUUUGAAUGCUUGGCUUAUGCUGUACAAGGCAUGGUUAAUGCGAGAAUUCGUGACUGGUCAGAACUUGGGUCGCUGGAAGGAGUGGUUCAAAGCAUUGGCCAAGUUUCCUUUCGCAAUUCUGGCCAGUGCUUUGCUGUCUCAGACAACAAAGUACGUGCAGGCAAGGGUUUCCAUGCUGUGGCGAAAAACGGCAACGAGCAGCCUCUUGCGGAGCUACUUUUCGAACAUGAACUACUACAAAUUGCUACAUCACGGCAGUGUUCGAAUAGAAGAUGUUGAUGUUCGCAUAUGUUCGGACGUGAGGUCUGGCUGUGAUGCUUUGACAGGUGUUUUGAUCAGUGGCCUUUCGGGUGUCAUGAUGGCAUCCUUUUCCACGUGGGCACUGUAUCAACGCCGUGGGCUGUCUGCUGUAUUUCUGCCCUACAUCUACAGCUUCAUCAUCGUUCCCCUUAGUUACAGGCUUACCAGCCCCGAUUGGAGUGUCUCAAGACUUGUCCAGAAGGCCAAUGCAGCCUAUCAGCAGGCCUUGACGCGAGUUGAGCAGGCGGGUGAAAGUGUAGCUAUGCUUCGCGGAGAUGAAUUUGAAAAGGAGGUGCUGAACAGACGCGCAGCUGAUAGAAUUCUUGCAGAACAAACCAACUGGGCAGCAAUGGCUCGCUUCGAAUGGUUUCAGCAUUUCAUCUCCAACCCAGCAAUGCCUGGCAUGUGGCAAAGUGUCGCAUCAUUUGGAGCAGCUUUCAUUGCCAUGCAAGCCUACGGACCUGGGAGGCCAGUUCUGGACCCAUGGCAACCAAAUCAAGCUGUUGUGUACGAGUACGGCGCAAACAUUAGCGAUUUCUGGCAGGUCUUUUAUGCUGUCAGAGGAGCAUCCAGUUUUUUUACUGCGGUCGAGACCUACAAGCGGUCCAAGCAAAACUUGUCCAGGGUUGAGCAACUGCAAGAUGCAUUUGCAACGCUGGAGAGCGAGAGCAAUGAGGCAGCUCCUGAAAGAUUCAGAGAAGGCUCUUGUAUUGCUUUUGACGGCGUUUCCAUUGAUACGCCUACAGGCACUCCUUUACUUGCUGGGCUCAGUUUUAAGGUGGAGCCUGGCAGGCACUUGGUCAUUUGUGGGCACAACGGUGCAGGAAAGUCCUCGAUUUUCCGUUGCUUAGCGGGGCUUUGGCCGAUAGCAAAAGGGACCAUCACCUGCCCAAAUGCUCACGCAAGUGGACUUCACGGUGAUGUAUACUACUUGCCCCAACGUCCUGUCAACAUUUUGGGCACGCUCUCAGACCAACUCACAUAUCCUCACCAAGUUCCUGGUGGUUUGCCCAUUGACGAACUCAGGCGCUGGCUAUCGUAUGUGGGCAUGGCCGACUUCGUGGACCGAGCGGAAGAGAAUGGAACUCUGGGAGCUGAUUGGGCUUCAAGGCUGUCGCUGAGCGAGCAGCAACGCUUGGGAAUUGCACGAGUUCUGUACCGUCGGCCGCAGUUUGCCAUUUUGGAUGAGUGUACCUCUGCAGUGUCGAAAGAUAUGGAGCAUUGGCUGUUCCAGGCUGCAAAUGAGCUUGGGAUCUCUUGUGUCACCAUUUGCCAUCGACCUGCACUUCUGGAGCACCACCAUCAGAUGCUACGGCUCACGGGCCGCUUAGCAGAGGAUGGACUUGGAUGGGAGCUUGUGGAUUUACCUUCCAAUGUGCCAGAGGCAAAGCCGCCGGCUGGCAGCCAUGCAGAGGCACAUGCGCGCCUGGAAGAACUGCAAAAAGCAGGAGGGUGCAGAAAGGCGUUUGCAGUGGACAAGUCCGCCGCUGUCCAUGCGCCGACUGUGCGCUCUCACCAGUGUCACCUGGAUGUGGUUCAGAGGCGCUAUCCAUCAGCACUGCAGCGUAUUGCAGCAUCUUUGCAGCUGGGACAGCUUCACCACAGUUCAAAACUUUGUGCAGCGCUGUUGCUGGUGUGUAUGCUUCUGAGGCCGCAAGGAGCUUGGGAGGUUUUUCGAACCAUUGGUGGAUCCGUCUCCGUGGCAAUGUGCAAUGACGGCAUUGGUCUUUGUGCAGAGCUACUGACCAACAUUGUGUACGCAGCUGGACUUUGCUGCCUGGACCGCCUUGCAGAGGCGCUAAGCCGGCAGCUUUCGCUGCAAGUGUGGUCUGAACUAGCCACUGCGAUGCACAGCAAGGCACUGAAAGGAGCUGCAUUUCACAAGGUGGAUGUGGAGAAUCCCAUGCAACGGAUUUCUGAAGCAAAACUGCUGCUUGAAGAGAUCAAGGGCCAGCUUCAGUACACAGGUGGCGUGACCAUCCAGAUGCUUUACUGUUUGCCACUCUUGGUUCGUGGAGGAGGCUUACUUCCAGCACUCCAACUUGUGCUGCUUUUUGCAACACAUUUCUUGGUGCGAACCUAUUGGAUGCCUAACAUCAAGGCCAUGACAGCAGAAACCUCUCAGAUAGAAGAUCAACUCCAGGUGAUGCAGUCCAGGAUUCGUUACUUGGCGGAACCGAUUGCCUUCUCCAACGGCGGUGAGGCAGAACGUCAGCGCAUUGAGGAGCACUUCCAAAGGCUUUGCGAUCACCGCCUGAAUUCUCUCAAGCAGGAGUUCACCUACAAUUUCCUCACUGAGUUUUUCCUGCUCUACGACAACCUUCCAAUUUGGUUCCACCGACUCAUCUCCUUCAACUUUGCAUGGCGGAAUGUUCCAAUCGGAGGUGCAUCCCCUGCAUCUGCAGUGCAAAACUAUUUGUACGAUCGCACUAUCUCGAUGAGUUUGGUUGGGGUUCAGGCGCUUACGGCAUUUCCUGCCGAGCUCGCAAAGAUGGAUGCACGGGCUACGCGCUUGUUGGAACUCCAACAGGCGCUGGAUGCUGCUUCUCGCGUGCAGCCAAGGAUAGAGUCAGAUGGUGUGGACAUAGCAGUAGAAAACCUCACUCUAUCAACUCCAGAACGCACAGUGCUUGCCGAGGGGUUGACCUUCGAGGUGAAGCGGAGUGAAGCCAUUCUUAUCACUGGACCCAACGGGGCAGGGAAAACCGCCUUGGCUCGUGUCCUGCUUGGGCUGUGGCCAGCGGGAAACGGUGUCAAGCUGUCCGUUCCUCCGAGCUUCAGUAUCGUGCCACAAAGACCAUACCUGGCACCUGGAUGUUUAGGUGACCAGGUCACAUACCCAAAGCGCUUUGGGAAAGAUGAUGAAGUGAACGCUUGGAAAGCCCUGGAAAAAGUGGGGCUCCUCUACUUGCUCCAGCGAGGAGACAGAGGAGUGAAAGGAGCUGAAGGAUCUGAGGUGGCUGGGGUUGCAGAGGGCUGGCUGUUUCAAUGUGACUGGGAGGAUCAGUUGUCUGGUGGGGAACAACAGCGGCUGGCACUCAGUCGUGUCCUGUUUCAUCGACCGUGCUUUGCCGUGCUGGAUGAAUGCACCUCCAUGGUCGCGGCAGAUGUGGAAGAACGAUUGUAUCAGACGGUGGUAUGCUCUGAGAUCACACCAGUGACCAUGUCGCAGCGACUCUUUCUUCCUCAGCUUCACAGCCAAGAGCUUCGACUUGGCGUAGACAGCCCCUCAAAGUGGUCUCUGGCCCAGCUGCGAAAUGGCAAUUCCUGA